AUGGCAAAAACGAUGAAGACACUAGUGCUUUCCCUUCUCUGCCUCGCUCUGGUGAGCGUGACCGUUAGGGGAACCGGUUACGGUUCCGGCCUUGGAUUCGGCAGCACGGGAGGUUUCGGAUUCGGCUUUGGAGGCUUUGGAUCGUACGGUUCCGGUCUUGGUUACGGCGGCUUGGGAGGCUUUGGGUCGUAUGGUUCCGGUCUUGGCUUCGGUGGCGGUUCCGGUCUUGGAUUUGGCGGCGGUUAUGGAUCGUUUGGCGGCGGAAAGGGCUACGGCAAGGGAAUCGGCAAAAUUCCUUUCCUACCGGUACCGCGAUACCCGAUCCCCAUUCCCGUGGUCCCGGUCGUUAAAGUGCCUAGGCCGAUUCCCGUGGAAAUCCUGACAGUUGCCAAGGUUCCAGUUGCAAAAGGAAAGGGUGGAUACGGAAAGGGCCUGUCGGGUGGAUUUGGAAGUGGAUUUGGUAGUGGAUUUGGUAGUGGAUUUGGUAGUGGAUUUGGUAGUGGAUUAGGUGGUGGAUUUGGUGGAUAUGGAAGCGGCCUGUUAGGUGGAAUCGGUAGUGGAUAUGGAGGUGGAUUUGGCGGAUAUGGAAGCGGCCUGUCAGGUGUAUUCGGUAGUGGAUUUGGCGGAUAUGAAGCGGUCUAUCAGGAGGAGUCGGUGGUGGAUUUGGUGGAUAUGGAAGCGGCCUUUCAGCGGGUUGUGGGUGGAUUUGACGGAUUUGGAAGCGGCCUGACUGGUGCAUUUGACGGAUACGGUAGCGGAUUGUCGGGUGGAUUUGGCGGAUUUGGUAGCGUUUUGUCAGGCGGAUAUGGUGGAUUCAGUAGCGGGCUCGACGGUCUGGGUGGUAAUAUCGGUGGAUACGGUCUUGGGCCUGUUGGAUUGGGCCAGGCGGCUGGGGAGGUAGCAACGUUGGCGCAGGAUGGGGGACCGGAAACCUCGGAUCCAGUGGCUGGGGAAACGGAAAUCUCGGAUCCAGUAGUUGGGGAACCGGAACCGGCUGGGGGACCGGAAACCUCGGAUCCAGUGGCUGGGGAAACGGAAACCUCGGAUCCAGUAGUUGGGGAACCGGAACCGGCUGGGGGACCGGAAACGUCGGAUCCAACGGCUGGGGAACCGGAACCAGCGGCUUUGGAACUGGAACUGGCUGGGGGACCGGCUGGGGGAACGGAAACAUCGGAACCAGUGGCUGGGGGACCGGAACCGGAUCGGGGAUCGGUAACAUCGGAACCAGUGGAUGGACGGCCGGAAACAUCGGAUCCGCCUCUUGGGGGCAAAGGUGAGCAUGCCAAUGGUUAA